GUGAAGCGAAGUCGCUCAGUCAAUUCCGAAACGACCGCCUUCACCUGUUGCAUUCGUAAAGUCAAACAUGCGUGGCGCAGGUAUUAGACGCCAUAUUGUUGGCAAAAAGAACCGUACUUGAUAAUUACCUGGACAAAAGGGCACCUGUUUGCCACCAAAAUAAUGUAAUGUGCCGUAAAAGUUUAUCGUUUAGUGGAGAUGUGAAUUAAUAAAAAAGAAAUCAAGUGAAAACGGAAAACUUUAAAAAUGCAAUUAUUUGAAACGCGAGUGAGGUGUUGGGUUUUGGUGCUGUUCUUCUGGGGUUCUUUGGCAGGAUGGACGAGUGCCGAUUUAACUUUGAACGGUAUGAAGAAAUGCGGAUCGAGGAUUUGCAAUCAGCACGAAUAUUGUUCAGAUUUUGAUAAACUUUGUAAACCUUGCGACGACAUAUGUAAUGAAAAACAUCACAAUUAUGACGCCAAUUUGUGUGUUAGGGAUUGUCAAGAUUAUAUCCAUGACCUCAGAUAUAUUCGGAAAGAUGGGUCUUCAGCUACCGGAAACGACUUAAACGAUGUUGUUCAAAGACUACAUUCCAUGGUUUCGGUUUCCCUUUCGCUGACAUGUAUCGUUUUGAUCAUUUUACUUAUUGUGCUGUGUGUACAAAUUUACAAAUGGAAAAAACGAAAUAACGUUACCUGGGCUACACUCAAAAACAAGCUUUUGUUUAAGAAAUCGGACACCAAUUCCAGUAACAAAACUACAAAUAAUGGUGUUUCUAUUGCGGUGACAAACCAAUCGGGAAAGCCAGAUCUCCGUCUAAAUAUGCCAUCAACCCCGGGAACCAAUUCAGAAUUUAGUCCUUCCACUAUAACCACGUCAAUCAGCAGGAGACCUGUGGAAGAUUGUAAUCUGGAUUACGCCUAUGAUAAUCCCGCUAUGUCUACCACCCCAAGUCCCAACAAAUCACACGAAAGUAACUUUUAAUGUUUUUUU